UCUGCAGGAGGAUCUUUGUAGCAGCUCAGAGUCUGAUUUCCUGCAGGUUUGUGGAGAUAAAAUGAGACUUCCGGUCAUCCUUUUCCUCAUCACAGCAUUGGCCGGGAGUGUUCCCAUCAAGACCUUGGUUUUCCCCACUGAGUCAUGCACCAGUUAUGUUGAGAUGAUCCCUCAGAAGCCGAUGAACCUGACUGCGUUCACUCUGUGCAUGCGGGUGGCCACGGAGCUCAGCGGCCAGCGAGAGAUCAUCCUCUUUGCAUACCGGACUGGAAACUAUGAUGAGCUGAACGUGUGGCGUGAACUGGAUGGAAGGCUGUCCUUUUACAUGGCUGGAAAUCCUGUUUUAUUUAAAGUCCCUGAGCUCAGAGCCCUGCAGACCCACCUGUGUGUCACCUGGGAUUCCACUUCAGGUUUAGCUGCCCUCUUCUUGGAUGGAAAGAGGAGCUUAUCCAAAAUCUACAGGAAGGGUCACACUGUCAGCCCAGGAGGCAGGGUUAUCCUGGGACAAGAUCCAGAUAUUUAUCUGGGAGAUUUUGAUAAACAUCAGAAUUUUGUUGGUGAGAUCUGUGAUGUGAAUAUCUGGGACGUUGUUCUCCCAGAUAGUGUGAUACAAGGCAUGUUUGCAGGGCAGAGAGAACCAAGAGGAAAUGUUUUUGACUGGGAAAGCACAGAGCUGAGAAUUAACGGGGACGUAGAGGUCGCCAUUCGUGAGCUGUACACUCCUGUAUGGGCUCAAAAUGUGGUCAUAAAUAUUGAAGCUGACGUGUGAGGACUCACAGUGUUUAUGAUGCUUUUC